CCGCGCGUAUCUAGCCACUUUCAUUGUUAUUCGAUCUGCCUCACACCAAAGGUGCAAGAGAUGGUGUUAGUCUUCGAAACAUUAGCGAUCCUGCUCCUGACGUUUUCAUCGAUUAGUUUCGCUCGUUCGGACAUCGGGAAUUGGGAAGCUUGCGGUGGAAGAUUGGAACGUGCUCUAGAUGCACUUCACAAAGAUUCGAGUAGAAGGAAAAGACUCGAAGAAGAGGAAGCCGGGAUGUUUUAUCAACAAGAACUUCGUUCUAUACCAUUUGAGAUGUCGGUCUCUAGGAUUGCUGUUAAAUUACCACAAGGAGCUAGAGACAAAGGAAAUCCUUGGGCCAGGGUUGACAAGUGCAUUUAUGAGCCAAGCAACAAUUCUCUUCAAACUCGAGUAAUGUUUAAUGAUUUAUCGGUUUCUGGAUUGGUCUCGUUAAUGCCGCGCGAUCAUCAGACACCUAUACCAGCCGAGUCCUGUAGAAUGACAUUAAGAUUAAGGCGAGCAGGUGUUGAUUUUUUAACAAGUCCAAUCGCACGUGGCAGGGGGCAAAUGCGAAUUCGAACAGAGUCCAGUUUUCUAGAGCCCAGAUUUGCUUCUAUUUACGCUUAUGGUUGUCAUCCUACACGUUUAGACAAACAAAUAAAAAGACAGGACAAGUGGCCACCGUUCUAUCCACUUCGAAACGAGCACACACUUCCGCCUUUAACACUGAACGAUGACUACGAAGCAGCGGAACCACGUCAAUUGAUCGGUGUUUCGAAAGAGGUGGACGUGGUAAUCCCAAACGAGACUCGCCAGUCUCGUUUGCUAAAUACUCCUGUUACGAAAUUAGGAAUCUGGAGGAAAAACGUUUGGCUUACUAAAACUUUAUCGCGUGAGAAACGAACCCUCCUAGAAUCUGAUGUUGUUGUAAGUUCUUCGAGUGUUCGUCGCUUUCCAGAAUAUUUCGAAAAUGGUCAGGAAUCUAAUAGUCAUUUCAUAAAGGUAUCGAAAUCAACGGAGACGAUUACCCCUCAAGAUUUCACAAACGCCUUAACCAAAAAAAGGACAAGAAUCAACGAAACUGGUAAUUGUUCCGAACAAGAUCAAACGAAGCAGAAUAAUCUGAACAAUACAACCAAGACUAUUCUGAGUAACUUGGAUGACAGUGAAUCAAAGGUGAAUGUUAAAAGAGAGAAUAGCUAUCAGAUCAUGGAAAACGACGCACCAAAGGAAACUAGACAUCUGUACAUCGAUGAAACGUUAGAUAAUAUUUUUCCAAUUGAUUUAGAGAACGAUAGUAGAGGCUGGCAAUCGAAGGAGCAUGUUGCUAGAGAAAUGGAAGAUGUGUUUCUACGAGGUGCCAGCCAAGCUUUAACAAGAUAUAUUGAGAAACAGUUACAUCCUGCUAUUAAAGAGACACUUAUGAUUUCUAUGGGAUAUACUAUUAGUUAUGGAUAA